AUGGAAGAGGAACAAGUUUCACCAGACAAGACCGAGACUGAGCUCAAAGUGGAUUUUAAAAUGACACCCUAUAAGAAUGGCAUGCAAAAGAUGUUACACACUUUAUUUUUUAAAUCACUUAUAGCUACCUCAUCCCUGAAUUCCCAACUCCAGCAACUCCAGCAUCUUCAACAAUUCCAGCAGCAGCAACAGCAGCAGAGCCAAAUUAGCCAGCAAGCACAGGGACAAGCUAGUCAAUCCCAACAGCAACCAACACAGCCACAACUGCCUCAACAGCAACAGCACCCUCCACUUCCACCACCACAGCAACAGCCUCACAAUCAAAAUCCACCAGUUCCAGCUCACCAAACUUCAAGCUCCCCCACAAAGACCAACCUACCUCCAGGUCAUGGUCUUCCCUCUUCACUCACAUCCUCAAAUCCCCUCCAGCUGGUUAAUAAUCCUCUGGCAAGUCAAGCAGCCACUGCCGCAGCCGCCAUGGGCUCAAUAGCUAACUCACCAGCUUUUGGCAAUGUACUCUCCAGUCUUCAAGGGGUCACAGGUCAACUAGUUACUAAUGCACAAGGACAGAUUAUUGGAACAAUUCCACUAAUGCCUAAUCCAGUCUCAUCCAAUCAAGCAGCAGCAGGAGCUCAGGGCUUUCAAGUACAGCCAAUUACACCACAGUUAUUGACCAAUUCCCAAGGUCAAAUCAUUGCAACAGUAAUUGGAAACCAGAUAUUGCCAGUAAUCAACACACAAGGAAUCACACUGUCACCUCUCAAGCCAGGCCAACAACUCCAUCAACCUUCUCAAGCACAAGUAGGACAAACAGCCUCACAGACCAAUCUUCUACACCUGACUCAUAGUCAAGCAUCUAUAUCUCAAAGCCCAGUGCGUCAGGCUUCUUCUUCCUCCUCCUCCUCCUCCUCCUCCUCAUCUUCAGCUUUGAGUGUUGGCCAAUUAGUCAACAAUCCCCAAAUAGCCUCUAGUGAGGUGGAUGGGGUGAAUCUUGAAGAAAUACGAGAAUUUGCCAAAGCUUUUAAAAUCCGACGCCUGUCUCUUGGUCUCACUCAGACACAAGUCGGCCAAGCUCUAAGUGCCACGGAGGGUCCAGCCUACAGCCAGUCUGCCAUCUGCAGACACACCAUCCUGAGAAGCCACUUUUUCCUACCACAGGAAGCCCAAGAGAACACUAUAGCUAGCAGUCUGACAGCCAAACUGAACCCUGGCCUUUUGUAUCCUGCCAGGUUUGAAAAGCUGGACAUCACCCCUAAAAGUGCCCAGAAGAUAAAGCCGGUGCUUGAACGAUGGAUGGCUGAGGCUGAGGCCCGCCAUCGAGCAGGUAUGCAGAACCUUACUGAAUUUAUUGGAAGCGAACCAUCCAAAAAGCGCAAGAGGCGCACUUCCUUCACCCCACAAGCUCUUGAAAUCUUGAAUGCCCAUUUUGAGAAGAACACCCAUCCCUCCGGGCAGGAAAUGACAGAAAUUGCACAGAAACUGAACUAUGAUCGGGAAGUGGUUAGGGUAUGGUUCUGCAAUAAAAGGCAAGCACUGAAGAAUACAAUUAAACGUCUAAAACAGAAUGAGCCUGUAACAGCAGCCCCAAUGGAGCCCUUAACAGACUCUCUGAAAGAAGACUCUUAAAUGGAUAGAUAUAAAGGGGAAAACACCCAGACAAAAAAAAAAUGAACAUCAUUAU